AUGUCUUCCAAUUCGUCAACCAUGCCGACAAGUAAAGCGAAAGCGUCCACUAGGAAGCCAAGGGCUCCAAAGACGCCAAAGGUUAAGUACAGAAGGAUGACGAUCACGAAAAACCGUGCAUGCACAAGAGACGUGUACAGGGACUUAUACCAUCACCCUGAGAACCUUCCCACCAUCAGCCACUUCAACAUCAAUGAAUUAGACGCGGAAUAUCUUCGGAAACUCUUGUCCCUCGACAUGCCAAACCUAGAAGGCAUCAAUUUGAGAUUCCGCGAAAGCGCGCUUUCACGGCUGGAUGAGGCACGCAAGAGAGAACUGAACAGUCGAAUGGUUGCCAAGCCAAAACUGAAGACAUUGAAUUUCAUGGAGCAAAAUCCUCGCGAAACAUACGGCAUGACCUUGAAUGAUAUCCCGCUGCUUUCUCACCCAAGCCUCACAACUCUCAAACUGCACAAAGUCCGCAUCCGUGAAUUCGGACGGCCGUCUGUCCGACCUCUCCCUUUUGAGAAUCUCGACUCCUUUUACCUCCAUGCCCCCGACUAUUCAUACGAGGUUCUAAACAAAUUCCUCAAGAACGCAAAGUCGCUCAGGCAUCUGGAGUUUCACCAUCCUUUCGAAGUGUCAGCACGCUCAGAUCCCCCAGAUUUCUCCAAACUUCUCCAGCCGUGCAAGAGUAGUCUCCAAAUACUGGAACUCUGCUGGGAUUGUAUGGAUCCCCUUUGCUUUAACAAUCCGGGCAUGAAAUACGCAGACUUUACAGCCCUGCAAUAUCUCGCUAUCCCCCCCAGGGCAUUGUUUGGUCCAUAUUGCUAUGACAAGGAUCUCAACUUCUUGCAAAUGGUCAAAGAUCAUAUUCCGCCCAGCCUGAAGGUUCUGUUCCUGCAGGAUAUUAGUCCAUGUUGGUCAGAAGAGGAACUUGAUGAGGACUGUGACCCCGAGGCAAUAUUACUUCCUAAUGAUUACAAACUGAUCAAAACAUUGCUCACUAACAAGGAAUUAUUCCCGUCGCUAAGGUACAUUGCUUGGACAUCUGAGAUAGGCACUAUACCGCCGGAGGACCUUGACAAUAUGGCCUCAGAGUUAGGAAUGACCAUCAAGUUGGUGGCUAAUAGGCUUGAGCUGCCACCUGACCCGAAAUGGCUUGAUAGUCUAUGA